AGGGGACAGAGGCAUCCCCUGUCGUAUGCUUGCAUGGUCUUGAGGCUCUUGGCAUUCGGUUUCAACUUCACCCCAAAACAGCCGCACGGUCUUGGCGGGGUCGGGCUGGCCCACUGCACAGAUCAAGGCUUCGUAUACAUGUUCAAAUGUAUAUAAAAUCUCGAAGAAUGCACUUCCUCAAUUCUUCAGUCCGGUCACUCCAUUCACUUCUAAUCAUCUAUUCAUCCAUAACAGUCGCUUGCGACCUUUCAAGAUCUUCGAUCCAAUCACGUUAUACCAAACCAACCAUCGCUACCCAAAAACCUAAUCCUCCAACAACACCUUCAAUAUGCUUCCUCAACAAGUCCUCCUCGCUGUUCUCGCAGCCGUCUCCGUCUCAGCCGCCCCACUCAACAUCAAUCUUGGCGCCUAUUCUCCUGCGCUGGUAGUCGGUGAUGGAGAGAUCUCGCUAGGAUCCAAAGAAUCAGCCUCGGAGCUGAUGGCAACGCUCGCUUCAGGAGCAGCUGCUAAGAGCGGCGAAGGUCAGCAAGCACAGCCGGCAGCUGCUCCCGCGGCCCAGCCGGCAAAAGAGGGAGAAAAGCCCGCUGAAGAGAAACCAGCUGCCAAACGAUCAAUCAACCUCCGCCGUGCGGUCGACCAGCUUCUCGGAAAGCGCGAUCCCACACCUGCUGCCAACCAGAUGGCUGCUGUCGAGGACGCCAUGCAGUGGAUCAAGCGCGACCUGCAGGGCUUCAACGCGGCUCUCGGUUACGCAAAGGAGGCAAUGAAGAACUCGCCCAAGAUCGAGAUGGGCUCAGAGGGCGCUGGUGUUGGUCUUGUUGUCAGCCCCGGCGUCAACGUGCCCCAGAAUUCCGCCGCCAAUGGCGCACCCGCCGGUGGCAAGAAGACCAAGCGCGCCGAGGUUGAGGUUGCAGAUGAGGACGACAGUGCGCCUAAGGUGACACUCGUUGCCAUCACCGAGGUCUGAAAGAUACCCUAGGAGAGACAGAACAAUUAUUCGUCAUCCACAUGAUUUACUUUUCUUUGUCGGUGCGAUUUUCAGCGAUGUUAGGAUAUGGAGUUUUAGUAAGACCAGGCCUCUCAGUUUGCAGAACUAUAGAUAUUCAAUAACAGUUUAUCUGAUCGAUC